CGCAGCUUUUCACCAUCUUCGUUGUGAUUGACUACUCAUUUACAUCCGGGUAACAGUGGUGACCUUGGUGGGUUAGUCAUCAUGGCGGCCAUCGUCAGGUUGAGUUCUGUGUGUCGUAGGGGAGUAAAACCUCUGUUCUACCAAAGCGUCCUGCAUACCAGGCCAGCCGCCGUCCUUCACCAGGAGCGCCAGCAGCCCCACGCGCUGACAGCCAGGAUCCAUUCAUCGCAGCCGCUCUACGCGGGCUCCGACUCCAAAGCGGCGUCGCUCCACUGGACAGCAGAGCGCGUGCUGAGCAUCGCCCUGCUGGCCUUGGCUCCUGCAGCUUACUUCAGCCCGGGGCCCGUGGUCGACUACUCCCUGGCUGCUGCUUUCACCCUGCAUGGACAUUGGGGAAUCGGUCAGGUGCUGACAGACUACGUCCACGGGGACACGAAGAUCAAGAUGGCCAACGCGGGCCUCUUCCUCCUGUCCACGGUCACCUUCGCAGGCCUCUGCUACUUCAACUAUAACGACGUGGGCAUCUGCAAAGCCGUGGCUCUGCUCUGGAGCAAAUGAAAGGGACUUUGGACUGGCCAGCUCAGGAGGAACCAACGCUUUGGGACGAAUCUGAUCCCGGCUGAUUGUAAAAAAACAAUAAUUCAACGCGUUCUUUGUAAAUUCUAUCAUUUUGAAAUGAGUUUAGAUGUUUGUUGAUUGGGCUGAAAGCCUCCAUUUGCUUCCAAGUCAUUUAAUCCAUCCACUGAUCAGGUCUAACAGCAGUUUAACACCUUGUGUGUUUUUUAGUCACACAUCCUGUUGAGUUAAAGGUUGCAAACGGCUGUGCUGCUGCUGAAUUUAGCAUCCGUCAGAAAUCUACCAGAUAACCGGAGGAUUUCCCUGAUGCUGCAGAAAGCUUCUUCUUCUUCUUCUUCUCUGUUCUCUCCCUGCAUGCAGAGAUUCCAGAUCCUUCAGUUUUUCAGCUGCUGCAGGAGGAAGUAAAGAAAACUGAGCUCCGCCUUUAAUCUGUGCAAAUAUUUACACAGUAAAAAAAAAACUGCUCACACUUGGCUUUGUUUUUUUUAUUGAUACACUUAUUUAAUAUACUGUAUAUUAGAAAAACAGGCUGUUAUUUCUUUAAUUAUGAUAUAAAAACUGGUUAAAUGGAUAGUAUAAUAUAGAAGGAACCCUAAUAAAGCGGGAAGAGACCUCC